GAGAGAGAGGUAACCACGACAAAAAGGGGGACGAGAAUAAAGGGAAAUUACGCGCGGAAAUAGGAAAUCCUGACAUAUUUUUUAAAUAUUUUUUAUAUCGGGGUAGUGGGAUGUAGCCGCGAUUCAGUCACUAUCCCUUGGAUGGGAAAGUGGAUAACCGCUUCUGAAACCUUGUUUGUGGAUGUUGGGAAUAACGUGGAUGGUUGUUGGAUUGUAACCUCGCAGCAGAAUUGGAACUAACUGUAGGCCUACUCAAUCUCGGACCGGCAGUAAGAAGCUCUCUGUAAGUGUGUGUGGGAUGUUGUGUCAGGGCUAGAGCCCAUUCUUCUCCCAUGAGCCUGUGGACCCACACACACACACGGCGCCCUCACAAACACGCACGCAAUCGACGCUGACGUUGUGAAGUGGACCCUCGUAGCCAGACCGGAGCAGAACCGGAUCGAACCGGCCGUUGGGCCGGCGGAGCGGAGCCUGAUGAUGUCAACAGAGGCUGAGCUACAGCCAGCAGUCAGGCCCAGCGUCAGGAGAGACUCCAGGAGGAAAUGGCAGGAUCGGAGCGAGGCCGGGUUGAUCAGGCGGUUUAAGGGGGAUGGCGUUCGCUACAAGGCUAAACUUAUCGGUCUGGACGAGGUCACCGCUGCACGCGGAGACAAACUCUGUCAGGACUCCAUGAUGAAGCUCAAGGGUAUAGCAGCGGCAGGGCGGUCGAAAGGAGACCACAAACAGAAGGUGUUUCUAACUGUCUCCUUUGGAGGGAUCAAGAUCUUCGAUGAGAAGUCUGGGGUCCUCCAGCACCACCAUGCUGUCCAUGAGAUCUCGUACAUCGCUAAAGACAUCACGGACCACCGAGCCUUUGGCUACGUCUGUGGGAAGGAGGGAAACCAUCGCUUCGUAGCUAUCAAGACCGCUCAGUCAGCAGAGCCAGUGAUCCUGGACCUUCGAGACCUGUUCCAGCUCAUCUAUCAGAUCAAACAGAGAGAGGAGAUGGAGAAGAAAGCCCAGAAGGACAAACAGUGUGAACAGGCUGUGUACCAGACUAUUCUGGAGGAAGAUUUGGAGGAUCCUGUCUACCAGUACAUUGUGUUUGAGGCGGGACACGAGCCCAUCCGUGACCAAUCAGAAGAGAGCAUUUAUCAGGUUCCGACCAGCCAACAGAAGGAGGGGGUAUAUGACGUCCCCAAGAGACACCCAAAUAUCAACCAAUUAGAGCUUUUCGGAGACAUCUCCACACUCCCGGACAUCUACUCCCCCUCGACCCCUGCCUCUCCAGCCAACACCCUGGACCCGUCUCUGGGCCUGCAGCCCCUCACAGAACUCUUCAACCCCGCCUCUGUACCCUCAGGUUAUGUGGCUAUGGGAGCGGUACCUACAGGUCAGGUGUGGUCGCAGCAGGCUUUUUCUGCCCAGGCAGGUCCUCUGUUUGGGGUCCAGUCCCCCCUGGGUCAGUCCCUCCCUGUAGCCCAGGUCCUGCCUGGAGGCCAGCCUCUCAUCUGGGGCCAGGCCAACCUCUUCCCUGCUACACAGCAGCAGUGGGCCGCUAUGACGGGAGCAGGGUUCCCUGCUACAGCCUACCUCCCAGCCCAGCCAGGAUCUCUGCCUGCCAUGCCUGCCAUGUUCCUCCCUGUCAAUCAACCCUGUGACAGCCUAUCAUCUGCCAGCGCUGCCUCUAACCCCGCCCCCUCAUCAACCUCAAGUCCACAGCAUGCAGAGAGGCAGCGGCAGAAGAUGAGCAAGGAGAUGUUUAAGGACUUCCAGCUAGCAAAACCCCCUGCCAUGCCUGCUAAGAUGGGGGACCAGCACCCCUGUCUAGCUGGGACCUCAGAGGCCUUCAGCUCCUAUUUCAGCCGUGUGGGGACCGUCACCGAUACAUAUGACUGUGACGACUUUGACAUCUCUCAGCUCAACCUCACUCCUGUCACCUCCACCACUCCCUCCACUAACUCACCUCCGACCCCGGCCCCCAGACAGAGUUCUCCAUCUAAAUCGGCGGCGUCUCACGUUAGUGACCACAUUGACCACAUCAGUGACCCCCCCACAGACGCCACCGACCCCUCCACAGAUGACUCGUUCGGUGAGGUCGAGGGCAGCCCCAGUCGAAGUGGAGAGGAGGAUGCGGCGUGUGGGUCUGGGUCUCCUUGUCCCAGUGAGACAGCAGUUUCUAGUCCAGCCCAAACCAGUCCACCUGCCAACAGCUAGAUAGACGCUGGCUGGGU